AGGAGGGAGUGACCAGCCAAGGAGGAGACAGAGACUCAGGAGGGUGCAAGGAAGUGUCUUAGCUGAGGCUGGGACCAGGCAGGACAGAGUAGAGAGAAGUCUGCAGGAGCAAAUUAUCCUCCAGGGUCCCAAGAAUCCAGAGGCAGCUCCUCCUGCUGCUGGGAAGGGCUCUGGACACCUUCAGCCAUUCUCUCUUGCCCUCUGAGGCUCAAGCCAGAAGCUCAGGGUGCUUGCUGAGUUGCUGACACAGCCAAAGAGCUGGUACCUCCGGGAUCCCCUGCCGGUCUUCUCGCCGCUCCCCAGCAUGGAGGAGGGUGGCGAAUUUGACAACUACUAUGGGGCAGACAACCAGUCUGAGUGUGAGUAUACAGACUGGAAGUCCUCGGGGGCCCUCAUUCCUGCCAUCUACAUACUGGUCUUCCUCCUGGGCACUUCGGGAAAUGGCCUGGUGCUCUGGACUGUGUUUCGGAGCAGCCGUGAGAAGAGGCGUUCAGCUGAUAUUUUCAUCGCUAGCCUGGCGGUGGCUGACCUGACUUUCGUGGUGACCCUGCCACUGUGGGCCACCUACACAUACUGGGACUAUGACUGGCCCUUUGGUACCUUCGCUUGCAAGCUCAGCAGCUAUCUCAUCUUCGUCAACAUGUAUGCCAGUGUCUUCUGCCUCACUGGCCUCAGCUUCGACCGCUACCUGGCCAUCGUGAGGCCAGUGGCCAAUGCUCGACUGAGGCUACGGGUCAGCGGGGCCGUGGCCACAGCGGUCCUGUGGGUGCUGGCCGCCCUCCUGGCCAUGCCGGUCAUGGUGUUCCGCUCCACUGGGGACCUGGAGAACACCACCAAGGUUCAGUGUUACAUGGACUACUCCAUGGUGGCGACCACGAGCUCUGAGUGGGCCUGGGAGGUGGGCCUGGGGGUCUCGUCCACCGCUGUGGGCUUCGUGGCGCCCUUCAUCAUCAUGCUGACCUGUUACUUCUUCAUCGCCCAAACCAUCGCUGGCCAUUUCCGCAAGGAGCGCAUAGAGGGCCUGCGGAAGCGGCGCCGGCUGCUCAGCAUCAUCGUGGUGCUGGUGGUGACCUUCGCCCUGUGCUGGAUGCCCUACCACCUGGUGAAGACGCUCUACAUGCUGGGCAGCCUGCUGCACUGGCCCUGCGACUUCGACCUCUUCCUCAUGAAUGUCUUUCCCUACUGCACCUGCAUCAGCUACGUCAACAGCUGCCUCAACCCCUUCCUCUAUGCCUUCUUCGACCCCCGCUUCCGCCAGGCCUGCACCUCCAUGCUCUGCUGGGGCCAGAGCAGGUGCGGGGGUGCCUCCCACAGCAGCAGUGGGGAGAAGUCAGCCAGCUACUCCUCAGGGCACAGCCAGGGGCCCAGCCCCAACUCAGGGAAGGGCGGAGAGCAGAUGCAUGAGAAAUCCAUCCCCUACAGCCAAGAGACCCUUGUGGUUGACUAGGGCUGGGAUCCGAGAGAAGCCCGGUGUCCUCUGCCCUGCCUCAGCCUUUGCCCCUGCUCUCUGAAAGCCAGGUAGUGUGAGGGCACCUUCUCUCUUGCACUUGACUCCUUUCCCUGCUCCCUGCCUCCUGCCUCCGUCUUGUCCUCCUUUCUCCUCUCUUCUUGUUCAGAGGUUUGCGGACUGGUGGAAGGAGACUGAGCCCUGCAGACUUGUGCUCAGCCACUCAAUAUCUGUGAGACUGACCUUGCACAAGUCUCUUAACCUCUCUGAGCCUCAGUUUCUCCAUUUGUAUAAAAUGGGGGAAGUCAUACUGCCAUUAAAAUGUUGAUGUGUAAGUCCUGGCUCAACAAAAGUUCAUUUCUCUCUAUCCCUUUUCUUGGAUUUUCAGCUCCCUUUUCUCCUUCCUUUUCUUUACUUUUUUGUCUCCUCUUCCUUCCUCUGUGUUUCUCUCUCUGCAAUAUUUACUCUGAAUCCUUACCUGCGGGCUCCUACCCCCUCUCCCAAAGCUUGUCCCCCUCCCUCAAUCCUUCUUCCUUUCCUUUUUGCCUCCUUGUUCUAAAGGGCUCCUAAGGGUUAAGAAUCCUGAAGCAUGCAAACACUACUUCUGUUCAAGCUCUUUAUCCAGGUCCCUGAGAGAGUCAGGGAAAGGACUGGUGCAGGGGGUGAGCUGGGUGUUAGGAAAGAAUUAGUGUUCCAGUCUCUGCAGCUGGGAGUCCAAAACUUUCCCCCAAAUUGGAUUAGUUUGCUGUGAUUUCAGGCACUGAGAGUAGAUCCAUCCCAGAAAGAGGCCUCCCUUCCUGCAGCCUCUCCAUGAUGCCAACUAGAUAUGCUUUCUACAGAUUUCCUCAGACGCUUCCAUUCAUCCUCUAUUCUCUGUGGGGAUUGGAAGGCAAUGGGUUGAUGACACAAUGGACUCCUUGGUCUCAUUAUUUGAAUGGGGAGUUGGGAAGGGAAAGUGGAGAAAGAGGGGAGUCUGCGCGUAGUCUAUAUGCUGCAUGGCUUCCUUCCCCACAUCCUCACCCCUCCAACCUCCUUCAGAACUGUGAGCUGCCAGUCUUUCCCAUCUCCCCACCCCACCCUGUCAGCCCCAGGAUUUUUUCCUUGGGCACUGGUGCUAGUUGGUGCCAAGAGUCACUUUGGUGGGGGUGGGAUGCUUGCUUUGUGUGUGUAUAUAUAUAUUAGCGUGGAUGUGUGUAACAUAAAGAUCAGUGUGCGUGUGUCACUUGUCACUUGGAUGAACCACCCUUCCCCCGUCUCCACUCUUCACAUGAUAUCCUUGAGGGAAGAGGGGACAUAUUGAGGCAAUAUAGAAUAAAAAUGAGUCCACCCCCCCCCCCCACUGGCUUUGGGGGUUCUGACGGCUGGUCCGUGCUUUAAGAGAGAAGUCUAUGUUUGCACUGGCUCCCUCUAGAGAGGUCUCUCCCCAAAGCAGCUGGCACCCAAGUCUUGGGGAAGUCCCACGUGCUGGGCCCCUGCACUUCUCUAGUUCCAUGAGGGAAAUGGGAGGCUAGUUAAGAGCUUCCCUUGGCCCCCUUCCCAUGCCUCCCCACCUUGCUUUGAGUUUAUGAGCAUUUCCCUCAUCACUCUCCCCUUUUCCAAGGCCAAUGGCCUUCUUCCCAAGAGUGGGGGAGGGCACCUGCUUGCCAGGGAGUGAAAAAUACUGCGUGGGUUUUUUCUCACCCAACCAUCAGGAGUGGACCCCUGGGCUUUUCCUGCUGGGUUAGGGGGCUGGAAACAGUGACUGGAGCAGCUGUGGCAGGGUUGACGGCAUGACAUCCACAUUGCCAGAGAGACCUUGAGGAUGAAAUUGGUGGUGGCGCCUUUGUGAGCUGGGGGUGGGGUAUGUAUAUUCCGGGUUUUGUUUUUGGAGGACUCUGGACGUGAAGGACAAGACAUGAGCCAUGCAGGCAGGAAGAGCCCAGUGAUGUAAAUGGACAUCUUGAGAACUGCUGGGAUGGGGCCAACUCUGGGAGCAGAGGGAGGAGGAGAAGGGAAGAGGCUCCUGUCAGCUUAGUCUCCUCAUUACAGGCCAGAAUCUUUCACAGACUCACUUUCUUGACCCAGAGCUGUCUCCAAAGCAUCCAGUCUAGGCUGUAGGAGGCUCCUACAAGGGAAGAGCGUGCCCCUCUGAGGCCCUUCUGAGUGACCUGCAGAGACUGCCUGCCCAGAGAUCAUCCAUGGGCCUGGACAGAGGGUGGAGGAGGCUGCCUGCUAUGAUGCUCCCUCACCCCCCCGCCCCUUCUUUGGAAUGUCUGUGCUGUUUUCUGACCCUGUGUGUCACUGUGGUUCAUCAAAUAAAUCUGUUUUGUGUAA